CAACGAUUUACAGAUUUGUUUUUAAGGGUUCCUUUUAGGUAUUAAAGGCACUCCUCUCGGUCCCCUCUCACAGCCCCUCAGUGGAGGGCAGGCCUCCCCUCAGCGGGGCCGCAGUCCCGAUGGGGCCUGGCUCCAGGCAGGACCUUGCCGUCGGCCCCACAGGGCUUCUUCGAUUGGCGUGAUGCGGGUGACUAGCCCCCUGGGAGACAUUUUUUUGCUGCUGUCCUAGCCGGAGCGGGGGAGGUAGGAACGAGUUAAAAAGGUACGCGUCCUCUUUAAACACCUCCCCCUGCCCCCUCCCACGUGGUGCAGGGCAAGGGCGGGGAUUUUGCGAUGCAUCACUUCUGUUUCUUUUGUGGUGGAGGAGAGCCGCGUACGGAGUGAGAUAAUGCCUAAGUCAAAGGAACUUGUGUCUUCAAGCUCAUCUGCCAGUGAUUCAGAUAGUGAAGUUGACAAAAAGGCAAAGCGGAAAAAGCAAGUAGUUCCAGAAAAGCCCAUAAAGAAACAAAAACCUGGUGAAAGUUCAAAAGGUGCAACUUCUUCUAAGCAAAGCAGUAACAGAGAUGAGAAUAUGUUUCAGAUUGGCAAAAUGAGGUAUGUCAGUGUUCGUGACUUUAAGGGAAAAGUCUUAAUUGAUAUUAGAGAAUACUGGUUGGAUCAAGAAGGUGAGAUGAAGCCUGGCAGAAAAGGUAUUUCUUUAAAUCCAGAACAGUGGAACCAGCUGAAGGAACAGAUUUCUGAUAUUGAUGAUGCAGUAAGAAAACUGUAAAUACAGAGCUAUACAGAAACCUUUUAUCAUUUUAGUUGUUUUAAGUUGUCUUUUUACAUUGGCAUUUGUUUUCUAAAAUAUUGUUUUCCAAGCUAUUGUAUAUUGGGAUUGCAAAAUGAUUUAUAAGAUGAAUACUUUAUGUGCAUUAAAAGUAUAUUCUGAGUGAGGCUAUUUGUGUAUACUUUACUAAAAGGAAAUGUGUUGCUUUCACUUCAUAGUAUAAAAUAAACAAAUCAAAUAGUAUGUAAAGCAUAGAUGUUUAUAGCCUUUUGGUUAAAGGUGCUGGUAAGGUUGCCUAAUAGCUUUAAUUUUAGUUUUACUUUAGUUAACUGUUAAUGUGAAUUUUUUUUUCUGAGGAGAUUUCUUAAAAUGUCCCAAUUUUAAUUUUUUUUUUAUUUUAUUUCAUACUCUUGCCCUGACAGCUUUCAGCUUUAAGACUUGAUACAAACAAUGAAUACCUGGUAAAACACAUUUUUGUAGGUAAUUUUAAAACUGUAUUUGCUAAUUUACUGUAUUUAUUCAGAUGCAAGCAGUCCUGAGUAUAUAGACUUUUUUGCAUUACUUGUAUGAAGUGUUAUGCUAAACAAUAACACUUGAAAUCAAGCCACACACUAUUUCUUCCCAUUUUUCUAUAACUUGCUUGACUUAGAAAAUACAAUUAGCCUUUAUUCUUAGACCCUAGAUUUUGAAUGUGAUGCAUAAACUUUUAGAGUAAUAGACAUACCUCAAAGUAAGAUAGUUUUUAAAAGCUCCAAUUGUGGUUAUUGUUUAGGUACCCUUUCCAAGCUUUGCAUUAAAUUAAUUUUCUUGAAUACAUACUGACUAUUUAGUCUAUAGAAAAGAACAGUUAAGCUGUCUUUGUAGGGCUUUUGUUCGUUUGGGAGUAUUGUGUAAACAAUGAUGCUUAAACUAGGCUAUAACAGAUUAAACAGUCAAAGGGAGUUAAAAUUGCUUCAGCUGAGACAUCUAGCUGUCAUGCUCCUGCCCUGUCUGUCCAUGCUACCUGCCCAAACCAUUUAACUUGACUUGCCUUGUGUGGCUUACAUGUGCACAACUGUUUUAUAUUUUGUACAGAAGGUACUUAGUGCUUACAAUGAAACACUGGUGCAUAGUGGAUCGUGACUCUAGUGAACUUCGCUUGUCUACUAGGUGCUAUUCUGGUAAAAGAGGCUUCUGCCCAACGGAAGCUCUAUUAGACUAGAUGCUGCCCCAGAUGAAGGGCUUCUUGGUAGGUGUCACAAACUAUGGAAUGAAGAAGGGAGAAUAUGCUGUUUGAGUAGAACUUGGAGCGAUAAGGGGCAUGCCAGUGCAGAAGUUAAAGGUGACAGAUCAAAGUUAGCUGACAGUAAUAACUACAGUGAAGAAAUGUAUGUUAGCAGAAUUGGAUAAGAGUUUAUUUUCUGACUUAAUUCAGUUAAUCAAAGGAAGAAGAUCAUAGAAUCAUAGAAUAGUUUGGGUUGGAAGGGACCUUUAAAGGUCAUCUAGUCCACCAAUGAGCAGGGACAUCAUCUAGAUCUGCACCAUCCAAUCUGACCUUGAAUGUUUCCAGGGAUGGGGCAUCUACCACCUUUCUGGGCAACCUGUUCCAUUGUCUUACCACCCUAAUCAUAAAAAAACCUCUUCCUUAUAGCUAGUCUGAAUCUACCCUCUUUUAGUUUAAAACCGUUACCCCUUGUCCUAUUGUGACAGGCCCUGCUAAAAAGUUUGUCCCCAUCUUUCUUAUAGGCUCCCUUUACUGAAAGGCUGCAAUAAGAUCUCCCUGGAGCCUUCUCUUCUCCAGGCUGAACAACCCCAACUCUCUCAGUCUUUCCUCAUAAGAGAGGUGUUCCAUCCCUCUAAUCAUCUUUGUGGCCCUCCUUUGGACCUGUAUAUUUGGCUUUGAAACAGCUUCAUGAAAAUUGACAUUUCAAGACUAUGUAGUGAAUAUACAACUUAUUGGUUCAGCUGUAAUUUUCCAAUUUGAUGUUAAAUUUAAUGUAUUUAAAAAAACAUUGCGUAUACAUAAAUGGGAUUUACUAUUUGUUUAUUUUGGAAUAUUUUAAUAUAAUUGUUUAUAUUGCAAACAUGCAUGGAAGUCCUAUUCUCCUAAGUGCCAUACACAGACUGUUCCUGUGCUGCAGAGUUUAUAAUUCAAUACAAAUGGGUAUUGAAGGGUGAGGAAAGGUGACUUCAUCAAAUCAAAUAUAUAUGAUUUAAUUUAACCAUUAUGUCAGAUAUCUCCACCCACUUUUUAACUUAUCCAUCGCUGACAUAUUUCAAAUAAAGUUAAGCUAUGUUUUUGUAUAGCUCAGGAAAUCUGAGUUUUUAAAAACUGCUUGAGGGUGAAUAAAAAGGGUGAAGAGAUGUUUUGUGGUAGUAGCUGUGUUUUUUGGGCACAACAUUCUUUUUUGUGUGACUCUUAAUGGCAUGUUGGGGUAUUUGGACCAAAUAGAAUAAAUAUGAAAUAUCCGCUUCAAUUUUCGGAUGAGUGAAUGAAAGAAAUUGCUUCAGAUCACUGUCAGCAGAUUCUAGAUGUAGUUUUUAUUUGUGAUAUGUAUGUAUGCUUUUUAUUUCCCUUUAAAUCUGAAAUUUUGCAACCAGAUCUCACCCAUUUUUACCUCAAAACUUUCAUGUGGCUACUUAUCAUAAUAGAGGGAACAUUGUCCUCAGUUAGACUACUGUGGUAGUAGGUCAUUGGAUGACAGUUGUGUACAACAUAAUUGUGUUCAGGAAGGUGGAGAAUUAAAUUCAAGACAGAGUCACAGAGUAUUCUGAGUUGGAAAGGACCCACAAGGAUCAUUGAGUCCAACUCUUAAGUGGGCUCUACGGGGAUCAAACAUGUGACCUUGGGCUUAUUAUUAGCACCAUGCUCUAACCAACUGAGCUAAUCUCAGUUUAAUUUUGGGGGAGUAAAUGAAAAAGUUUUCAUAAUAAUGAUUAGUUCUCUUGUGGAAACCGAUGGUAGAGACAUUCAAAGAAAUUAGUAUUUGUUAAUCAAGAACUAUUAGUUCCUCUUAUAGAUAAUACCCUUGCUGAAUUUGUGAUUAUAAUUACUUGAGAAAACUUGGCACAGUUUGAUUUUACUUAGUUUGCGUGCUUAAAAAUAGUUUUCCAUCUGCCAGUUAUAUUUCUGCCUCUAAUAAUAAUAAAAUAUCAUAUAUUUUACCUAAGCAUCUUAAUGUCUGCAUGACUCUCCUACAAAAAAAGGUAACUAAUAAACUAGUCAGUUUCACAAAUGAACUCAAAAUGGAAUUUGUUUUAUUGCGAGGGAAUUCAUUGCACUUCAGAUGACUGACAUGGUGGUUACUUGAUAAAAAUUUGACACAUUCAAUGUUACUUUGAAAUAAAUAGCUGGUAGUGAUUUGUCAUGUAAUUGUUUAUGGCUGUAGUCUUUCUAAUUUGAGAAGAAUAUUUAGAUUUUUUUUUAAUAAAGAUUAUUUUUUUCAGACAAAAUGGUAGAUAGUGUAGAAAUGUCCACGGAAGGAAAUUAUGCAUAUGUGAAAAGACUGUAAUAUGAGAUAAAAACACCGCUCCCUUUCCCACUGAAGUAGCAAAAGAAAGAUGCAUUUGAUUCUUGAUAUUUAUGCUGGACAUAUUAGCAAUAUGUUUUAUAAAUUAAAUCUGCUAUGGAGCUUAGGAGGAAAAAUCGAUCAGAGCUGCCAAAGUACCAUAUGUGUGCUAAAUCAAACUGUCAUGUACAAUGUUGCUCUUACGUAGAGGUGUUCAUAUUGAAGUUAAACAAAUGCAGUACUAAGUUUGAUAUUCCUGUUAAAGGAAAUGUUCCAGUUAUGUACUACUUAUGUGAUCUUUUAGCAAGAAAUUGAUUGUAAUUCUGAGAACUCAAAUGUCAUUUUGUUAACCAUGUGGUAUGUUUCAUGUUUUGUUUUGGUGGUAUCUACUGCAGAGAGGCCACUGGAAAUAUGCACCCUCCAACUUAUAAUUAUCUUGAUGUUCAAAUAAAAAAUCGUUAAAUGGCAUAUGUGUAAUAACAGUUUGAACACUUGGAAAUAAAUGAAGACUUCUGUUGACAUAGUGUUAUUUUUAACAGAAAUUUAG